AUUUCAUUAGAAUGAACUGAAGUAUUCGAAGAGAUGAAAUAUAUCUCUCUUAUAUCGAAAAGUUUCAGGGGUGCGGCUACUGUAGCAUGUCGAAAAGUUCUUAUGUUUUGCACUCCUUAACACAUAUUUAUAUGCCUAGGGUUUACAGUAUGCCUAAAAAGGCUAAGGCUUGGGACUUGGGUCUUACACAUAAAUGGCCCUUAUCCUAAAAGGCAUAUUCUAUUUAUUACAAAUAUAUAGCAUAAAUGGUAAAAUAAAACAAGACUAAUUAUAACAACUUGAUCAUAAUAAAAAUAUCUUCAACAAUCUCCCCUUUUGUGAUCAAGUGCUGUCUUGCUGGUCUUCACUUCUGUUUCUUGAAGUAGUUCUUCAUUAGUGCUAGAGCGUGCUCAUAUUGACGAAGAUAUCGUCGCCGAGUUCGAUCGAGUAUACCUCGAAUCUGAAGUUUUACAUAUACCCGGUCGGGUACCGUGUAUAUACCCGAUCGGGUACCCGAGCUGCAUUCCCAGAACCCUAUAAAUUCACUUCCUUCCCUUCACAAUUAGAUCACCAAUUCACAUAUACUUCUAAGCUCAGUCUACAAUAGUUCUUUCUUUAUAUUUUCAUCAUGUUUAGUCUCCAAAUGAGGAGCUAAACUCUUCAAUCUUGGUUUUGCUACUUUGAAGCUUAAUGAAUUUGUAAGUUGUGAGUUAUUCUCUUUAAUUUUCUUCCUUGAAUAUUAAUUCUUCGUUUAAAUACUAUUUCUAUAUCAAUGUUGGGGAGUGUUACUAAGAUGACAAUUAGUUAACAUCUUGACAUUAGUUAUAGUAAUAGUUAUUUCUUCCUCUAUGUUAAUAUUGGGGAGUGUUACUAAGAUGACAAUUAGUGAACACCUUUAUAUUAACUAUAGUAAGAUUCAUCUUCUUUAAUAUUCUUCUUUGAGUAUUAAUUAAUUCCUAUUCAUAUUUCAUAUUAAUAUUUUGAACAUUACUUAAAGGAUCAACUAGUUUUGUUUCAUAUAUUAAUUAUUACUAGAAUCGAUCGACGAAUACGCUUGUUAACCGUUCGAUCGUUUUACGGUAGUAAACUUGGGUUAUUAAUGCAUGUGUUUCAUGGUUAAUAAACCAAGGGGAAUUAAUUAUGUUGAUUAAAACAAUAAACCGCUUGUGUUGAGGUUAUCAAUCUCAAUCAUUUUCACCUUAUUUUUAUUGCUACUAUCGGGUUGAUAUACAAUGUGUGUUCUAUAUUAACUCGAUAGUAGGUUUUAUUAAUGAACACGUCUCGUUAUUAAUAACUACCCUCGAUGAACUGGAUAUACUCCUCGAUUGAGUAUUCAAGAGGAAGAUAGUUAAAGAUAUAACCGGGAUCGACGAACAUUUCAUUAAGUGGAUAAAAACAAAACCAAGGCUUCAUCUCUAUUAAAGUAACCACAUAAGUCGUUCAUCUUAGUGUUAAUUAAUUAAAUCAAACACAACUAAAAUUCCCCCAUUUGUUACUACUUACAAUAUAAAAGAAAAAUAUUCCUUUCCCUGUGGAUACGAACCUUACUUCAAUAUACUACGUAUAUUUGUUGUAUUGUAUUUAUUUUGAGUGCACACCGCGACAAAGUGCACGUCAUUGAGCGUGGGCAGAUGUAGAAUCUCCCUUAAUGUAGCAGGUGUCAGCACCACUCUUGUGUCGUUGAGUUUGGUGAUCAGCUUGGAGGUGUCCUUUGAUUGUGUGUUCAUGCAGCCCUAAAAUUGUUGCAGGUGUAUCUCUGGCACGGAAGCUGUCUUUGUGAAUGCCUUCCAGAGACAGUGACCUUUGAGAAUUGAAAUGAUCACCUCAUCUUGGCACCUGAUAGUCUUCAUAUCCAACUGGAAGUUGAUGUCCAGUAUAGGUGUCCACUGGUUGGACGGGUAGAGCUAACGGUAGAGUUGAGUUUGAUCUUGUGUUCCUUACAUGAUGAUCUGUACACGUUUGGGUUAGAAGAUCUGCAUUUGGAAUUUAUUCAGAGGGCUUUUCAAAAUAUUUUGCAAAGGUUGAACUUCUAAGUUUAAAUAUCGAGAAAUUUUCUCAAGGUUUAUACAUCGAGAAAUUUUCUCGAAGUUUAAACAUCGAGAAAUUUUCUCGGAGUUUAAACAUCGAGAAAUAUUCUCGAAGUUUAAACUGAGAGAAAUUUUAUCGAAGUUUAAACAUCGAUAAAUUUUCUCGAAGUUUAAACUGCAAAAAAUUUUCUCGAAAUUUAAACUCCGAGAAACUUUCUCAAAGUUUAACUUCAAGAAAUUUUCUCGAAGUUGAAACGUCGAGAAUUUUUCUCGAUAUUUUCACUUUGAAAAUAGGUUUCUCGAAGUCGCCAUGACACCUGUAAAAUCAAUACCUGCGAAAAUUCACAAUACAUAAUGAUUUCAAAUUGAUUUAAACACUUUCUCGAACCCCAACAUUCGAGAAUUGAUUUUUCGAACAAUCUCAUGAUGUUUUCUCGAAUUCAUCAUUGAAAAGUUUACUUGCUAAUGAAAAUCGAAAAUAACUUUUUGCAUAUAAAUCGAUAACAGAUAUACUACCUCCGAAAAUGUUUAAGAGGAGGGAGGAAGACGAAAGGAUUGCAAAGCAUUUGAGUUCAAAAAUUUUGAGAAAGUGAAGUAAGAUGCGAGAAACGUAUUUUUGAACUCUUAUAUAUGCGAGAAAAGUUUUCCAAGGCCAGAGUAUACGAGAAAAUUUCCGGCCCAGAGUUAUGCGAGAACAUUUUGGCCGAGCUUAUGCGAAAAAGAAAUAAAAUUAAGGCACACGCUUGUUUUAUUUACACUUUCUUCUGUUCAUAUAAAACUCCCCCUCAGAUGAUGCAUGAAAAAUAAAUAAAACACACACUCAUUAUCCCCCCCCCCCCCUCUUUGGAAAAAAAUAAUUUUGAAAAAAAAAUCUCCCCCUCAACACAUGCAACUUCACAUAAUGCUACGAUGGAACGUCAGAUUUGGAAACAAUGCCUCAUCUCCAAUGCUUGGAUAUGGAGAUGUGAUCUGCGCAAAUGUCACAAUUAAGGUUGUCUCACUCGUGAAAGGCCUUAAGCACAAUCUCUUAAGCAUUGACCAAUUCUGUGAUGGAGGGAUGGAAGUGAAGUUCAAAUCCAAACAAUGUUGCGUGAUGGACAACUUUGGGAGAACAUUAUUAACGUGUACCAGGAUAUCAAACCUAUACACCAUUGAUCUGAAAAGCGUACAAUCAACUUCUUCCAUCUGCUUACUGUCCAAAACUUCCUCUGGACAGAACAGUCUCUGGCAUAGGCGUCUCUCCCACCUAAACUUCAAGAACCAUUCUAUUAUAUCAUCAAAGAAACUUGUGAAGAGGUACCAGAGGCAUCUCUACCUUUGUUCAGCGUUCCCCAAAAUUGUUGGAGAUAAACCACUGAUACUUCUGCUGUUUUAUUCAGGGCCUUCCAAAUCUUAUGCCCUUUCAGAAUGCUACUAUGACCUCAUCUUGGCAAGAGAAGACGGUUGGGUCAAGUUUGCAGUUGUUCUUCUUGAUUGGGUACUAGUUGCGUACACGGUAGAUGGUCUCGAUAGGUGCAAGUUCUGCCACUAGAUCUGAAAAUGAUAGCGAUGUUAGUGCAAGAGUAUGGAUGAGUUUUGAAAAAAAUCGCUAAGUCACAGUUCGCUCUUCAAUAGGUUCGCGCAUUUAAGUACUUAGUUAGCGCAUGAAACAAGUUCGUGCAUCACCUCGGUUCGCUCACACACAAGGUUCGAACAUGAACCUGGUUUGCACAUGAACCUGGUUCGCGCAUGAACCAUGUUCACGCAUGAGCUCAGUUCACGCAUGGAGGUUUGUGCCUAGUAAUUUCGCGUAUAAGAAACUUGUUCAUCAUUUGUGUUGGCUGGAAAGUGUACUUGUUCAAUAAUUGAUGGUCCCGGAUAGAGGUAAAAGUCUAGAGGGGGUGAAUAGACUUUCAAAGCUUUUUCAACUUUAAGAACUUUUCCCUUCUAGAUGAGUUGAUCUAAAAUAUUUUGGGAGAUUUAUAGAUGCACAACGGAAGUCUUUAACCUCUAGAUGUUUAAUGUAUAACACUUUUCUGACUUGGGUGAUAUUUGGACUUUAAAUAGUGAGCAGUUGGCUUGGCAGUUGACUGGAGGGCAGGGAACUGCUGCGGCAACUGCUAGUGAAACACUGAGUGUAUGGUGCAAGUGCAAGCAGAAUCUUUCUCAGAAUGAAAGAGGCUUUAUGAUUAUGUAAUGAUAUGGAUUGAUAAUCAAUCUUAAUGAGAGCAGUGGUCUCAGCAGUUGGGUAGUUACCAGGGAACUGCUGAGGUACCUGCUUAAGUGAAAGUAAAGGUAUGGGAAGAUUGAUUAUAGAAUAUUGCUUAGGGUGAUGAGGGAUUUCUGAAGAUGUGCUUAAGUACUAGUAACUGGGAGUUUUGUUGGAGUAGUGGUCUCGGCAGUUGAGUGGUGAUGAGGAAACUGCUGAGGCACCUGCUAGGUUACAGCUUGAGUUUCAGAAAUUAGUUUGAACAGACUCCUUGGUGAUAGAAUUGUGAAGGUCUGGUGAAGUUGAGAUGUUAAAGGAAAUACUUUUGUAUGAGUAGUGGGCUCAGUUGUUGGGUAGUCACCAAGGGACUGCUGAGGCAACUGCUAUGCUUUAAGUUGAUUUCCUGAGACUUGAUGGAACAGACCUUUUAGUGGUGAUAGUGCAAGACUCUUGUGGAAAGAUUGUCUCAAAGAAAGUGAGCUAUUAAGCAGUAGGAUAAGCAGUAGGGUCAAUUAAGACUACUGCUUAGGAUGAUGCUGGCAAACUACAAUCUUUUGUGAGAAGUGUUUGGUGUGUGCUUUGUUGACUGAAAAUAAAUCAACACACAGUAUAUCCUGGUUCAGAGGUGGUUUAAUCCUCAUACGUCUAGUCCCAACCUCUUUCAGGUGGAUUUCCACUAAAAUAUUAAGCCAAAUACACUUAGUGUCAAUCUAGCCUUUACAACACUUAGGCCUAGAUUGAAGGUUUUUCACAAUGAGUAUAACACCACUCAAAGGUACUCAGUCCCUAUACUUUUCUCAAAUGAUCCAGUGGGGAUCAAAAGGUACUCUAUCUAUCUAACCACACUUUAGGAUCCGAACAACUGUUCUCCUAAGUGUUUACAACAAUUUGUGAUUUGUUUCAAGAAAGUUCUAACCUCUAACUAGGAACUAAACUUCUAGGAUUUAGCAACGAAUACUUGUGACUAAGAAGUUUAGUGAAGCAUGAGUCUAAGCAGAGAGUAAAGUAUAGAUUCACAUUUUCUCUUUUGCUAGUUAGCUCUUGAAUGCUCAAUGGAAAUAUUUCUCUACUUAGGAUGCUCAAGCUUGGUUAGAAAUUUUCGUUUCAGCCUAUAUUUAUAGGGUACUCCAGUUGAUUAAUCUCAUCCGUUGGUUAGGAUGGAUUAAUCUUGUGCGUUGAAGGUCUGCCAAUGACAAAUUUGUACUUUCGUCUUCUUGUGUAGGAGCUUUUAUUGGGGCGGUCACCUUGUCUCCAAAGAUUAGGCCGCGGCAUGGUGUGCGUCCAGUUGGUAGGUCCAUGUACCCUCCCAACAUUUAAUGUUAAGCAGUUUUGUCUUCCAAUCAUACACAUUCAUAUAUGAUAUUCGAGCAUCUUAAGUUUGUGACAUUUAAUUAACCUUUGAGUCAAAUAAAAUAUUUGCCGGUAGGAUCUAAAUAUCCUAUUAAGGUAAGUAAAAAUUACCUUAUUGCAUUUUUAUUUUUCCGGUAAUAUUUCAUUAGUCUCAAAAAUUGUACAUUUAUUUUGUCACUUAUAAAUAAUUUGAACACUAAUACUCGAAUUAAAUUAGACACAAUGUACUAGUGCAAAGUAUAGUGGCAUCAUCAAAAUCUAUCAAAAUUGGGUACUAACAAUAAUCAUAACAGAAACCAAGUAUACAUGAAGGAAAUUCAGAUGUAAACCUUAGGGAUGAGCGAAGAGGAAUGAGAGAAAAUUUUCUUUGCCUCUUAGGGAGUUCGAAAGAAUUGUGCACAAAGUGAGAGUGUAGAGAGGGGAGGUGCGUGAAGUUCAGGUUUUAUAGGGGCAGAAAAAUUUUAAAGUCUCAAGUGUCCUGAAAUGCUCCGCUCCCCCUCGAUUUAUACACUUUUAAAAUGAGAAACUCCCCCUCAAUUUAUGCAUGAAAUAAAAUAAAAUAAAAUAAAAUAAAAAUAAUAGGAUGAAAAAAAAAAAGAAAAAAAAAAGAAAAUUUAAAAAAAUGAAAUGCAAAGAUUACAAAAUAAAAAAUGAAAAAUGAAAAAAAUGAGAAAUGAACGCGCGUGCACGAUGCAGAGUUUUAAGAUUUGAUGUUCAACAUUCCCGAUUCAGAGAUAAAAAAGUUGAAUCUCUUUUCAUCCUGCGUCUUUGUGAAAAUAUCAGCAAGUUGUAAUUCCGUAGACACAAAGUAUGUGUCCACGGUUCCCUUCUCAAUGUGAUCCUUCAUAAAAAUGAUACCGCAAAUCGAUAUGCUUUGUUCAGGUAUGAUGAACUAGAUUGCACGUGAUGGCUAUGACGCUUUGUGAAUCAGUCUAUAUUGGAAUAUGGGAGAAGGUGAAGCCAUAGUCUCUUAGUUGUGUCCUCAUCCAUAAUGUUUGUGAAUAACAGCUAGCAGCCGUGACAUAUUCUACCUCAGUUGUAGAAAUUGACCAACAUACCAGCUUAUCACCUAAAACUUGAGCACCUCAGGACAUACUUUUCUUGUCCAUUAUGCAGCAUGCGAAAUCAUCAUCUGAAUAUCCCACCAUGUCAAACCCUGAGUUCUUGGGAUACCAAAGGCCAAGAUUUAUUAUUCCUUUGAGAUAUCUUAGCAUCCUCUUUACAACAGUCAGAUGUGAUUCCAUUGGAUUUGCUUGAAAGUGAGCACACAGGCGGGUUGCAAACACAAUGUUCAGUCUACUAGAUAUGAGAUACGACAAGGAUCCGAUGAUAGCACAACAAUUGGUUGCCUCGACUGGUUUCCCAUAGAGGUCUGAGUCAGCUUGUUUGAGGGAGACAUGGGGGUUUUCAUCGUUGGCUUGUUGCCCACUUUGAAUCUUUUGAGCAAAGUAUAUUGUGGAUAUACUUGGACUAGUUUAUGAAGAUUCCAUCUGGCAUUUGUCUAAUCUGUAGCCCAAGAAUUGAAAGAAGUUUAACUCUUCCAUCAUACUCAUCUCGAACGUGGUGCACAUCAGAUUGCUGAACUUUUUAUAUAAGUUUGAAUUUGACGAAACAAAGAUAAUGUCGCCAACAUAAAUUUGUAUCAACAUGAUGUCGCCUUUAUGACUUUUGAUGAAGAGAGUUGGAUCUAUAUUUCCUUUUGAGAAGCUCGAUUCAACGAGAAAAUCUGACAAUGCUUUAUACGAACCCAUCUGGUUGUGCAACAUGAUUAGGUCGUUCUUGAUCAACAGGGCUUUUCUCAUCUUAUAAACAUGAUUAGGUCAUUCUUGAUCGACAACCCCAUCUGGUUGUGCAACAUAGACCUUUUCCUUCAUGUCUUCAUUCAAAAAUGCAGUCUUAACAUCCAUCUGAUAGACGGUGAAGCUUUUGUGUGCAGCAUAUUCUAGAAACAAUCUCAUGGUCUCAAUCCUCCCCACUGAUGUAAAGGUUUCAUCAUAGUCGAUUCCUUCUCGUUGAUUGUAACCUUUUGCAACCAGGUGGGCCUUAUUCUCGAUGAUAACACCAUAUUCAUCCUUCUUAUUCUUGAAAACUCAUUUGGUGCCUAUAAUUGUUUUCCUGUAAGUCCUCAGCACCAGGGGUGCAAACUUUCAAUCUAUCAAAUUGAUUCAUUUCUCCCUGCAUUGCAACUAUCCAGUCCGGAUCAGCCAGUGCUUCUGCCAUCUUUGUAGGUUCUUUCUGACUGAGAAGAGGUGGAUGAUGCGGUUCCGGUGCUAACUCCUUUUGAUGGACCACCAAUAAUCAGUUCAGACGAAUGUGCUCUCGUCCAUUUUCUCUCAUGAGGGAGAGGCAACGGAGUUAUGAUUGGUUGAUCAAAAUCAGCAUAUUCAGGAGGAUCUUGUGAUUUAGGUUGUUUAGUGUGUGGGGUAGGUGGAUCAUGGUGUUUAGCUUCUUCUUGGGAAGGUUCAUCAUUGUUCUGAUCAGGAGUAUGUAUUUCUUCUGCUAUGGGAGAAGGCAACAGGUAGGUUUUAGUGGUUUCUGUGUUUGUAGUUGGUGAUGCACGUGGCUGACUGUAAAAGUGUUCAAAUAUUGAUUCCAGUAUCACGUGCUCACCCGUUCUUGACUCAUCUACCCGUUCUCAUGUUUCAGACGAUGAUGGAGCCUUUUAAUUUCCUGUGAUUGUUGUUCAUAUUGGAAGUGUUCAGUUGUCAUAUCCGUCAUUUCAUAGAAGCUGACAUUAAUGAUCUCCAUGAUAGUUCUUUUAUCCUUUAUGUACACUCUGUAUGCCUUUGAAUUUGUCAAAUAACCAAUGAAAAUUCCUUCAUUCGCAUUUGGAUCAAGCUUUCCCUAACAUCCCUGUCAUUCAUGAUGUAGCAUUUACAACCAAAGAGAUGGAAGAAGGUGAUAUUAGGAAGUCGCUUGAAUACUAUCUCAUAGGGGUUCUUAUCAAAUCAUAUGUAGAUAGUUGUUCUGUGUGAAGCAAGCAGUGUUGCUAGCUUCAGCCCAUAUGAAAUGAGGGAGCUUUGACUGUAUAAGCAUGGUUCUGGCUGCUUCCACCAAUGUUAUGUUUCUUCUUUCUACAACAACAUUUUGUUAUGGUGUCUUAGCUGCAGAGAACUGGUGUGUAAUUCCCUGAACUUUGUAGAAUUUAGAUAGUUCCUUUUUUUGAACUUAGUCCCAUUGUAUGUCCUUAUGAUCUUCACGUUCUGCUAUAGAUAGUUUUGUAUGGUCCUGAUGAAUGUCAUGAUGAUGUUGGUUGUUUCGUCCUUUGAUCACGAUAACCGAAGUAUAUUUGCGUCCAUUUAUGCUAUGCACACGCAUCGGACCACACAAAUCCAUAUGAAGUAGCUCCAGGGGACGAGAUGAGGAUGGAAAUUGCUUUGAUUUGUGUGAAGAUCUCGUCAUCCUUACCAAAUGACAGGCAGAACAGUGAUGAUUGGGCGAGUUUUUCAGAGCAGGGAGUCCUGUGACAAGCUUUUUGGAUGAAAGGGAGCUGAUUGCAGGUGGGUUCAAAUGUGAGAGAUGUUUGUGCCAUAGAUUGUUUUGUUUUUCAGAAGCUCUAGACAGGAGGCGAAUGUAUAUGGUGGAUCGUACAGAUUUGAGAUUAAUAGUGUAGAGAUUUGUUCUUCUUUGAUACUUUAACAAUGGUUUCACAUCCAUAUCCAUCACACAUAAUUGCUUAGCAUGAAAUCUCACUUCCAAUUUGCUAUCACAGCAUUGCGAACUUCAAUUGGCUGAUAUAUUCACAAAGCGGUUGGAUUAAAAGAGGUUCGACUUUCUGAUCUCUAAAUUCGGAGUGUUGAACAUCAAUCCUUAACUCUCUGAAAUGUGUGUGUGUGUGUUUUUUUAUUUUUUAUUUGUUAUUUUAUUUUAUUUUAUUUUAUUUUUUCAUCUUAUUUCUAUAUGCAUUUGUUGAGGGGAGUUUUUAUUUUCAAAAUGCAACUGUUGAGGGGGAAGUAUUUUCACUACUGGACGUUAACACUUAAUUUUUUUUCGAGCCUAUAUAAUGCACUCAUUUCACGCAUCCCCUCCCCAUCUUCACUUCGUGCAUCACUCUCAAACUCACACACUCUCUUUCGACGACGAGCGAACUCCAUUGAUAGACGUGUUGGUCCCGGUUGUACUGGAUACAGUUUAGGGGGGGGCGUGAAUAGACUGUAUCAGUUUUUAACUUUUUCAAGCUAAGUACCAGAUUUAACAGGAUAGCCUGUUCUGUUGGCAGAACAGACUGGCAGCGGAUGGGGUUCUGGUAGGGAGUUCUGUUAAUAGCCUCAGAGAAGCAAAGGCAGUAGGCCUUCUGUUAACUCACAAGACCAGUUCUGCUGAACACAGAUACCAAGUCUUUGGAGUUAAACAGUUCAAAUAAAAACUAUGAAUGAAAAGCAGUAAGUAAAUGACACCAGGGCUUUUUAUAGUGGUUCAAGGAACAACUUGUUCCUCUAAUCCACUGUUCCACUAAGCUCGUAAAAACUUCCGUUUACAAUGCCUUAGCCCUAUCACUUAAGAAGCUCUCCACGUCUUCUUCAAGUGUAGAUGUUUUCUUGGAUGCACUUCCGGCUUCCCUAAGACUGGUCCUUUCACUGAGCUUUCCCAGAAGUAUCACCACUUCACAGCUCCAGGUACUUGGACGUCCUUCUUGUGAAAGAAGAGGUUCUAUUUAGAACAGGGGUUCCUCCAACUUGCUUCGUUACAAGGGAUUUGUAAGUAAUGAGCUUGAAGAGUUGAAGAACACUUGGAACUUUGCUUGAGUUGGAAAUAAGGAUUUUUCCAACUUCUGCCUUCUCUUGUAGAAGAUGAUGAAGUUUUAAUCUCAAGGAGGCUUUUUGCUUUGUAGCGUUUGAAUUUCUUGUAUAUGCAGAGUUGUAGCAAAGGUUAGCAAAGUUAUCCGGUUGUUCUUCGUAGUGUAUCUUUUAUACUGAGGUUGUCUUCCCGUUGGAGGAGAAGGAGGACAACUGCAUUAAAUGAGCGAGCAGUUGACUUGACCAGUAGGACCCGGUAAAGUUGGCGGGUUACUAUUUUGGGAUAAAGUAAUCCUGACAUUGCGGCCAAUCAUCUGCAAUUACUCUACGGAGUAUGGGGGCAUUAAAUGUGCAUUUAAUGCGCGCACUGUAGCUUUUCCGUUAAAGACUCCUAGCCGUUGAAGGAAUCUUUCAGUUGGUUUCCCGGCUUGGUGGAAUUCUUCUAAGUGUCAGGCCUUCUGGUGUCUUUAGCAGAGAGUUGAUCAGAGAAGGUCUGGAGCACUUCUAUUGAGAAGAUAUCCAACAGAGAACCAGGAGGGUUUCUGUCAGAGUAAAGGCUAACAGAGACCCUGAGGGCUUCUGUUCUUAAGCAGAGAACAAAAGGUCCUCUGUUCGACCAAUGCCUUAACAAGGGUCUUCUGUUCUGGAGGCCUUCUGCUAAGUAGGUCUUCUGCUCUGGAGGUCUUCUGCUAGUCGAUUAUACUAAAGAAUUUACAAAGGAAAAUUCUAAUACAUUAAGUCUAAAGAGGGGUACUUUAAAGUCCUAAUCAAUCUAGCAUCAUCAAAAUCUAAUCACAAAUAUUCCUUACAAUUUCCCCUUUUUUGAUGAUGCCAAAACCCUUUAACUAUUUCCAGAGAAGUGCCUUCACCAUAAAGAAUUAAAGUUUAAAAACUUUCAUUAAAAUCUUGGUGGGCAACUUGGCAUAGGAAAAUAGUAAGAGUACAGUACAUUCAGAUAGCAGAUAAUAAUUCAAAAAACAAAUAAACAAAGACAGAAAGCAAAGAGACAGGAAUUGAGGAAAAGCCUUACAAAGUGAAAAGGCGGAGAUGUGAUUUUAUUAGAUGCAUUUUACAGAAAUAUCUCUUACACAUUUUCCAUAUUAGCUGCUUGCAGAGCUUCUUCCUCCAAUCUUUGAAGCCUUAGCAGCUCUUCAUUAAUUUCUGCUCUGAUUUGAGAUAAAUUGCCAGAGCUUUGAUAAGAUGCCCAUAUGGGAGAAAGCUUGCAAUCCAGAUAGCUGAGAACUCCUUCAUGUAUUGUCUUGCCAGGGACAAUGUUCUUCUUGUACCAUUCUUCAGCGUCCUCCAAGGAUCCCCCAUAUCUGACUCGUACAACACCAUCUUUAUCCAGAAAGAGGUUCUGUUGUUGAGUGGGAGUCAUUUUCGUCUUCAUUUCUUCAAACUGAGCUCUGUCAAUUUUCUGGGAUCCACCCAAUCUCCAUUCAGUAAAACUGAAGAUUUUCUUCUUCUUGGUGCCUUUCUUCACUGGAGAUGGGGGUCUAGGUACACCGGCUGCUCUCUUUUUCUGUAAAGCAGCUUCAAAGUAUGGAGCAGGGUCUACUAUUGGUUCAGCAGAAGAGGAUGCUUCAGCAGGAAUUCUGGUGGACCGAGGCCUAUUCUGUUGAGGGUCCUCUUCCCCCUUUUUGGCAUCAUUUAGGUCCUCUAGCAUCAUGCUGAUCUUCUGGAACUCUGAGGCCUGUGAGGAGGCUAUCUGCUCAAGGGCCUCUGGUAAGGUCUGAGUGACAGAAGUAAGGCCUUCUAUCAGUCCUUGUUGUUUAUGAACAGCUGAGGCAAUGUCCUUGGAACUUGCUUCAAGAAGAACCAGUUUCUGGUAUCUCUCUUUGUCUUGAGCAAACAGAGUCCUGGUUUGAUCACGGUGGACUUUGCAGAGUUCCUCUAUGUCCAACAGCUGUUCUUUGGUUUUGGUAUCAGCCCAUUGGAGAUCUUCAAUAUUCGUGGAGAUGGUCUCAAUUGCUUUGCCUUGAGCUAUCAGAGUCUGAUGAAAGGUGAAUAGGGUCUUAUGUAUACCUUCUACUUCAGUUGACAGUGCAUCUGUUCUGGCAGAGGAGGAUGCCAUGAAGUUGUGGAGGGAUUUUGUGAGGUUUUCAAAGCGGUCUGAGAUAAACUGCAUCCCAGAAUUGAGAUUAUCAUUCACAUGAGCAAGGUGCUCAAAGUGCUUGUCAUUUAUCUGGAUGAGUUUGUCCAUGCCUUGGAGGACUUGCCCACCAAAUUCUUCUGCUGUUUCAACAAACUUGUUGAAGGGAAUUUGAGGUAUAGGUUCUUCAGUCUCUGGCAUGCCUAGUCCCCUGGACCUGUGCAUGGGAGGCCUUCUGGUCUGUUGCAGAGAGGGUUUCUGGUGAGAAGGUUCUCUGGGAGGUGUAGGUUGGCGUUUUGAAGUGAGGUCUCCAGCAAGGGAAGAUGACAAGAAGCCAUUGUUAUCACUUUCGGAGGAUAGAAUGCGGUGAAGAGGCUGUCUCCUGGGUGUAGAUGCAGCAGAGUGUAGAGAUGUUCUGGGGGAAUUUGCUGCAGGUGGAAGAGGACUUGCUGCAGGUGAGGGAGAGGAUGAGUUUUGAGUGGAAGAGGAUUGCUGUUGUGGGAUGGAGUGCUGGUGUUGUGAUGAAGGUUGGGGAGAAGGGGUGUUUUGUUGAUGGGAGGCAUUCUGUUGAGGAGGAGAUGGAGGAGGUGAAGGGGAGCGAUUUCUGAAUUGGAUGAGGUCUUUGCAAGGUGAUUUGAUCUUCUUAUUGGAUGAGUGAGGAGAGGUGGGGGUUUUCUGUUCUGGGGAUUGGGGUUGAGGGUUUUCUGUUGGAGGGGUUUCUGUUGUAAUAAGAGGUGAAGGGACUUGGGGUUCUGUUAAGAUAUGAACAGAAGGGGUUGGAGAGAUUACCUCAAAUACAUUUUCUUCAUUCAAAGAAGUCCUCCAUUCCUUGAUGAGUUCCAACAUAGCUUGCCCUUCUUUCUUAGGUACAGAAGGUUCUCCUGGGUUGAGGUUUGGUUGAACAGAUUCUGUUGCCUUCUUGGCAAAAAGCCAUUCUUCAAAUUCUUCUAUCUCUCCUUCUUCCAGUGGUUUGACUGUCUCCUCAGAGGGUGAGGAUAUGAGGACAUCCUUUACUUUGUAACCUGCCUUAUUCUUCUCAAGGACAGAAUGGAGGAAGUUUAGGGCAAAGCACUUGGAGACAUCAUCAGUGCCUACCCAUCAUCAGUGCCUACCCACUUCAGGAUUGCCUCUUCUUCAGGCUCAUAGAAAUCAAAGAAGGUCCCAUUCUCCAUCUUCUCCAUUCAAGAACUCGAGCAAACUGUCUAUCCAGCAAAGACAGAUACUCUUCUUUGCCUGUACUGGGGUGCUCUGUUGAGGUUGGCACCCUAUUCUGUUCAGGAGUGGUAACAGAGGUGGGGUUCUCUGGUUCCCCCUGAAUGUCUGCCACCUUUUCAGACAUGGUGACCAAAGGUUUAGCAACCUUCUUUUUGGUCUUGGUGGUCCUCUUCCUUUUCUGUCCAGCCUUCAUGGGUGGAGGAGGAGCAACCACUUCUGUUUUCUUGGUCUUCUUCUUCUUCUUCUCCACAGAAGGUGCUUCAGAGAGGGGUUUCUGCACCUUGUCUCCUUGUUGUCUUUUAUUGUCAAGCUGAAGCUGUCUCUUCAGCUCUGCCUUGAUGGCUAUUUCCCUAUUUGGAGAGGCAGAUAGGAAGAUUACCUUUGUGUGAUCCAGAGGUGUGGCCUUCCUCAAGGUAACACCUUGAUUUAGAAGUAGUUCUGAGAUGAGCAGCCCAUGCCCUAACUUCCCAGAAUAAAGACUUGUCUUGGGGUUCUUCUUUUUGAUGAACUCAAUCAGGGAUCGAACCAUUACCUGACCCCAGUUGACAUUCACCCCAUGAUGUAUUGCAUACAGAGCCUUGGCAUUUGCAGUAGUGACAUCAUCAGUAGAGGUAAAUUUGCACCACACACAUUUGUGGAAAAUGUUGAUGAGCAGCUCAAAGUCCUUCUUGAGCAGAUUUUUCUUAAUGUUUACCUUCUCCACUUCUUCCCCUUUUCUGCAGUAAUUCCUCUUAAAUUCAAGGACAGUGAUGUCAGCUUCCUCCAAAUCAAAUAGAGAGGCCCUGCCUUCCUCUAGUUGAAUGUCAAAAACCUUGUUGAUGACGUCAGCAUCAACCAGUGUUUCUUCUCCUUGGACACUGGAGGUGAUGGUUUCGUCCUUGAAGGACGCGUUGAGAUAGAACUCAACAGUGUCGAUGUUGCUGUAGACUUCAUAAGCAUAGGUGAUGACCUUGCUUAGUUGACACUCUGUCAGCCCGUCAAUGAUAUUGGUCAUUCUCUCCUUUUUCUCAGCAAAUCUGGGUAGAACAUCCAGUUCGCACUUCAUCCCUGUCAACACAUUCUUGAGCAGGGUUGCUUUUUGUUCCUUGGAAAGAUCAUUGAAGCUCAGGAAAGCCAUAGACGUUUUUAGCAGUUGAGAGAUUUUUUUUUUUUUAACCCAGAAGGCAAACCACCAAAAUCAGUGGGGUAAAUGCCGGGUGUCAUUUACCAGGAUUUUAUUGAGAAAAGAGUGAUACAAGAGAGGAGGAUCAGACCAAGGCCUCUCAGAAAAAUACAUUGAUAAUUAAAUACGAAUAGAGGGAAUGCCAAAAAAAUCCAUCCAAUAAGCCUGUUUAGCACUAGUGGGCAGUUGAUAUGGGCUGCAGUAGCUUUUAUUGGAAUCCACUUGGGCCAGAUGGUGUGCAACCCAAUCCCCUUCCCUCAGAGUAUGCCCGAACCAUACCCCUUUCCUAAAAGCGAUGUCUGAGAUUUCCAGAAUCAAACCUCUCCAUCUUCUCGUCGGUUUACCUGCAACAUAUUCCAGAGCUAGAGACGAAUCCGAUUCAACAUAGAUGUCCUCAUAGCCUUCGUCCGUUGCCCAUUUAACUGCCAGGUGAAUAGCUUUCAGCUCUGCCUCCAGCGCCGAGUUAGCCUGCAAAGGAAGACUAAUCGCCUGAAUCAUCGUUCCUUCCUUAUCACGAAGAAUCGCUCCUCCUGAUGCCAUAGAAGCUAAGUAUCUAGCAUCUACAUUUAGCUUCAAUUUUUUCUUCGCUUUCUGCCAUUUAACAAUCCGAGGUCUAAACUUGUUUAUCUUCAAGUAUUUUGGUAUCAACUGCUCUUCGAACAAAAUAUUUUCAAUACGCCUAAUUUUUAGGUCUGUUAAUGUAGCCGCCCAUGACUAAGUAUAAAUCUUGAUUUGGAUGAUAAUUUGAUGAGCUGAGAUCUGAUGUAUAUUAGAUCCCCAAACCAGUGAUGAAUAAUUUUUCCAAAUAAACCAUAGGAUGAUACCUGUAAUAUUUCUCCUAAACACUUGAAGCAAACUAGAAUUUCCAUUUGCUUCCCACUUCAAUCUCAAAGGAUUAAAAUCUGCAGAUGAAUUAAUAUGAAGACCCAAAAUUCCCCAAAAAUACUCCCAAAUCUUCUUAACCACCGGGCAUUUAAAUAAGAUGUGAUUCAAGGUAUCACUAUUACUUCUGCAUAGGGGACAUAUGGAGGGUUUCAGAAUAUUGUUGAAUCUUUCUAACUUGUCAGAUGUAGGAAUAAUCCCUUUAACCACUUUCCACUGAAUAAGUUUUAUUUUCAGCUCCUGUUUAGAAUCCCAGAUAUUCUGGUAAACUUCAUGAUUGUAUGAAAGAUCUCUAACUUCUUCAUAUGCAGUUUUAAAAGAGAAUUGGCCAUCAUCUUCCUCAUUCCAUUGUAGGGUACCAGAUCCAUCAUAAGUGCAUAGACUGGAAGCCUGCUCAUGAAUGGAGCAGAUUCUCCUCCAAAUUGAUGAAUCAGUCACUUUAGGUAUCAUGUUUCCUUCUCUGUUAUAUCUGGCUUUAAUAAAAUGUGUCCAGAGUGAGUCUUCAGUUUGCCACUUCCACCAAAGUUUUAUAGAAAAAACCUUUUGAAUGUCUUCCAGGGCCCUAAUGCCCAACCCACCUUCCCCUGUAGGAUAGCAAAGAUUGGACCAUUUGAUCCAAUGAUAUUUGUUCUUGUGAUUGGAAGAACCCCAAAAAAAUGAAGCCAUUUUUCUAUUAAGGACAGAAAUGACUUUUUUAGGUAAGUUGUCCACUGCCAAAGUGUGUAGGGGAAUAGAGUUAAGUACAUGUUUUAUAAGAAUUAACCUUCCCCCUUGAGAAAGAUUUUUUUGCUUCCAGGGUGUAAGCUUAUUCUCAAACUGUUGUAUAAUGUUCCCACAAAGAUGGAACCUGUUAAUACCUUUAUGGAGAUUAACUCCCAGAUAUUUAAUAGGCAAAGUAGCUAACCUCAUACCAAGCAUGUCCUUUAUCUUCAUCUGCCUUGCUGGAGUAGAAUGCCCACACACAAAGGAACUUUUUUCAAAAUUAAUUUCCUGUCCACUUGCUUGUUGGUAGGUGAGCAGGAAUUCCUUAAAAUUGGAUACAGAUCUAGAGUCCCCAUUAGUAAAGAUCAAAAGGUCAUCAGCAAAACUCAAAUGUGAAAUAGGAUACCCAUGAUUGCCCAUCCAAAACUGUUUGACUUUGCCAGCCUCCAUUAAACCCUUAAGGCCCCUAGAAAAAGCCUCUGCAGCUAUAAUAAAGAGAAAAGGGGAGAGGGGGUCCCCUUGUUUAACACCCCUGGAAGGCUUGAAAAACCCUUGAGGAAAUCCAUUAACAAGAAUAGAUAGAAAGGUUGAUCUUAGGUUAUUCAUAACCAGGUUAACAAAUUGGCUGCAAAAACCAAAUUUCAAAAGAAUAGCACUUAAAAACUGCCAAGAGACCUUAUCAAACGCCUUUGCCAUGUCAAGUUUAAUCACCAAAUUAUUUCCCCUGGUUUUUUUGUCAAUACUGUGAAUCAACUCCUGAGCAAUCAAGAUUUGAUCAGCAAUAUCUCUACCAGCCAUGAAACCAGCCUGUUCUUUGGAGAUAAUUUUAGGUAGAAUGCUUCUUAAUCUAUUAACCAACACUUUAGUGCAGAUUUUGCUAAUAAAGUUUGAUAGACAGAUAGGUCUAAAUUCACUGAAACUAGAAGGGUUAUCCACUUUUGGAAUUAAGACAAUCAAAGCACUAGACAUGCUCUUAGGAAUAGGAAUGCCCAUGAAAAACUCCUGCACUGCUCUUGUAACAUCCAUUCCCACAAUAGCCCAACACUUCUUGAAAAAUUUUCCAUUAAAACCAUCUGGCCCCGGAGCACUAUUUUGAUUAAGAUCCCAAACAGCUGUUUUGACUUCAUUAAGGGUAGGCAAGAUCAUAAUACUGUUGUUGUCUUCCUGGCAUAUAAUCUGUGGAAUAUACUGAAGCACUUCUUCAUGAUUAACUGAGUUUUUUGCAGUGUAUAGCUCAGAAAAAAAUCUUACAGCCUCUUCUCCAAUGUCAGACAUAGAAGUGAUGGUGCUCCCAUCAGCUUUUUUAAUAGAGGUAAUACUCUGUUUCCUUUGUCUGAUUUUAACAUAGGAGUGAAAGAAAUGUGAAUUGUUGUCCCCUUCCUUAAGCCAGUUUAUAUGAGCUUUUUGUUUCCAAAAUUUCUUUUCUAACUUGUACUUUUGUAUUAGAAGCCCCUUUUUAUGAAACAGAGCUUCUCUAUUUGACUCACCUGGGUCUUCUUCAAAUCUUCUUUCUGAUUCUAACACCUCCUUUUCACAUAACUUGAUAUCUUCAAAAAUGUUUCCAAAGACCUCUUUGUUCCAUAUCCUAAGCUCCUUUUUAAGUUGCUGAAGCUUAGUACUUAAACCUCUCAUACCACCACCUGUUUUCACUGAAUCCCACUUAGUUUUAACAAAAUCAAGAAAGUCCUUGUUUUGAAACCACAUGUUCUGAAAUUUAAAGCUUCUGGGACCAGACUGUCUCAUAUUGGACAUUUGAAUAAGCAUAGGAUUAUGAUCAGAGGGAGUCUUGUUUAAUAAGGAGAUCUUGAUAGAAUCAAACUUGUUAAGAAACUGAGUGUUAAAAAGCACUCUGUCCAGCCUUUUCCAAACUCUACCAUUUGCUCUAACUCCAGACCAAGUAAACUUAGGACCAUCAUAAGGAAGAUCAAUCAAAUUACAAGCAGAAAUACAAUCUGAAAAUUCAUUAAUACCUCUGAUAAUAGGCAUUGAAUUCCCUUGAUGUUCAUUAUAGACUGCUAUUUCAUUGAAGUCACCUCCCACCAUCCAUGGCUUGGUUAUAGAUAAAGAAAUAGUUCCUAGGGCAUCCCAUAAUUCUCUUCUAGUGUAAUAUGAGUGUUUCCCAUAAACACCAGUAACCCAUCCAUCAAACUCAUUACUAAUCACCUUGAAAUGAACAUACUGAUUAUGCCAAGUGAAAUCAGAGAUUCCCAAAGUUGAAGAAUCCCAGAAAACCCAAAUUUUGUUAAUAGAAGAAGAAAUAGCAUCACUGAAACCCAAUAUGCUUUUGUAUAACUCCAUUUUACUUCUAUCAAUAAUAGGUUCAAUAACAAUUAACAGCUUCACCCUCCAUUGCUGAACUAGGGAAUAAAGUCUGGUACUGGAGGAUUCCAGACCCCUAGCAUUCCAUAUGAUGCAAUUCAUUUAGAAUUUGGAGGUCCCUCUCCCCUUGCAGAACUUCUAGUAAACCUCUUAUUUGAUGUGAUGUUGUCUGUGUUUUGUUGAAUGACAGAUUGCAUGAGCUGCCCCCCUUCAUUAACUCCUUUUUCCUUAUGAUUGUGUAUUCCCUCUGCAUUUUCUUCAAGCUGAGCUCUCUCCUGCUCCUUUUGUAUAACUAACCCUUCAAUUUUGGAACAUAUUUCUGUCCAUGACUCCAUGAACACAUCUGGCUUAACAGGAAUAUCUUCCUCCCCUUCUGAGUAACACUCUCUGGGUUCCACUGCAUAUAUAUCAAAGAUAGUUUCCAUAUCUUUAAUAUGAUUGUCAUCCUUGCUUUGUAUAAUCUCCUUAGUAUUGGUAAUACUAAUGCCUGGAACAUCCUUUUGUAAUAAGACUCUAACAGCAGUUUUGAUGUCAACUGUAGGUUGGUCACCUGGUUCAAGAACAAUCACCUCCUCCUCUGAUUCAGAACUGAUAACUUCAAUGGCUGUUUUGGAAGAUAAUGGCUUGAAUGAUGUUGUUAGAGCUAAAUUUGUAUUUGUCUCAUUAAUUAUGGCCUUUCCUUUUUCCUGUCUUGUGAAUUUUUUUUGUAUUUGUUCCUUCCCUGUUUUAGGCAACCAUUGUUUGUGUUGCUCCAUUGUCCCACCUCCUUCUUUUUUGGGACAUUUAGAUUCUGAGUGGCCCAAGUGAAAACAACCCUGACAGUACUCUGGCAUGUUCCCAUAGACAAUAGACUGUGAGAACCCAUUCACCCCACAAUUAAUCCACACCUUAUUGGGCAUCUCCUUCGUGAGGUCCAAUUCCACAUAGAUUCUUGCAACUGCUGGCUUAGCUAGGGAAGCAGUAGCAGCAUCUAACUUUAAGGGCCUACCUACAAGAUUGGCAAUCUCAAACAGAGCUUGUUUGUCUUGUAGGUGAAUAGGUAACCCUUCCAUAGCAAUCCAAACCGGCACAAUAGGUGAUUCAACAUUAGGACGAAAGGCCGGAGUCCAUUUAGUAACACGCAUAAUAUUACCUUUAAUCAACCAAGAUUGGCGAUUCCAACAACGAAUAAAAUCCUCCUCCAGAUCAAACCGAAUCAAUACAUGUUUAGGAUCUAAAGUUCCCCGAUGAAAAGGACCUUUAAACCCUAUUAUCUCAAAAGCCUUUCUAAGAACCAGAAGACUCGGUUUGCCUUUGUAAAAAUAACCUACAAGAGCUCUCUUAUGCUUAUCAGCAAGAGAUUGAAUUUCACCUUCUGAAAACGAGAUCGCAGGCAUGCCUUUGUGUCUUGUAGGGAUCUUCUUUGAAAUUGAUGCACUUCGAUUAGCAACCACGUCUGCAAAAGACUUCCCCUCCCAUGCUCGACCGCCUCCCGGCGGCUGAGCCACCGUAGUGUCGUUCAUGCGAUGAAGAUAAUCGCCAGAGCUUCUCUCUCUAAAACCCUUAAUUGAUUAAUAAUAAUAAUUGGAGCCGAACUCUAUAGCAGUUGAGAGAUUUAGAGAGAUAAGAGUUCAAAAGCUUGAGAGUAAUGGAAGCAGUAGCGAUUUAGGUUGAAAUGGGGGGAAUAUAUGGGUACGGGUUAAUGGACGAUUGAGAUAAUUUGCGGUUCCGAGGUACCAAUAAAUGUAAAAAGGGGCGCAGUAAAUAUUAUGCGGCUGUAUACCGUUUUAAGGGUAAAAGGGUAAAAGACCUUUAAUAAUUUACUAGGUCACCCGGUUUUCAGAAUUUUGCUAAGUCCACAACCUUUUCUGUUAGAUAAAAGAAGAGGCUUUCUGAAGGAAGGAAGAGAGGGUUUCUGUUGCUGAGGUGUUCUGCCAGGAUAGAGAACAGAAGGGGGUUAACAGAAGGGGUUCUGCAACAGAUAUUCUGUUAGCAGAGAUUUUGCAACAGAGGGCCUUCCUUUUCAACUUUCUCUAGGGAUUUCAUCCAUCAUCCCCAAUUCCUCUCUCAGUUUGUUGAAUGUAGCCUCAGGAAGAGGCUUUGUCAGAAUGUCUGCAAGCUGAUCUUCUGUUAGCACAUGCUCCAUGCAAAUGUGCUUCUUUUCAACAUGAUCUCUGAUGAAGUGAUGUCUGAUCUCAAUGUGCUUUGUCCUGGAGUGAAGAACUGGAUUCUGAGUGAUGGCAAUGGCACUGGUGUUGUCACACAGCAAUUUGAUCUCCUUUGCUUGAAUGCCAUAAUCCUUCAGCUGUUGCUUCAUCCAGAGUAACUGAGCACAUCAACUCCGAUCUGCAAUGUACUCAGCUUCUGUUGUACUUGUUGAGAUUGAAUUCUGCUUUUUGCUAAACCAGGAAACAAGCCUUCCUCCUAGCAUUUGGCAAUGACCAGAGGUGCUCUUCCUGUCUAAUCUGCAACCUGCAAAAUCUGAGUCAGAGUAACCAAUUAGUUCAAAGUUACCUCCCUUUGGAUACCAUAGGCCUGCAUUUGGAUUUCCUUUGAUAUAUCUGAUGAUUCUCUUUGCAACACUAAGAUGGCUCUCCUUGGGCUUUGAUUGGUAUCUGCACAGAUUCCAACAGAGAAUGAGAUGUCUGGUCUGCUUGCAGUCAGAUACAGCAGAGAUCCUAUGAUUCCUCUGUAUGUUGUUGCAUCGACAUCCUUUCCUUCAUCAUCAGGACCAACUCCUUGUGAGGUGUUCAUGGGAAUCUUCACUAAGGAUUUGCCUUCCACUCCAAACUUCUUGAUCAGGUCUCUGGUAUACUUCCCUUGAUUGAUAAAGAUUCCUUCUGGAACUUGUUUGACUUGUAAUCCUAGGAAGUAGCUGAUUUCUCCCAUCAUACUCAUUUCAAAUUGGCUCUGCAUUACUUGAGAGAAUUUCUUGCACAGUUCUGGAUUAGUACUACCAAAUAUAAUAUCAUCAACAUAUAUUUGUACUAACAAAAUAUGAUUAGCAACAGAGAUUUGAAAUAGAGUUUUGUCAACCUUUCCUUUAGUAAACCCAUGGUUCACUAGGAAAAGGGAAAAUGUGUCAUACCAUGCUCUGGGAGCUUGCUUAAGACCAUAAAGGGCCUUUUUAAGCUUGUAGACACAGGAGAAAUGAGUAGGAAUGACAAAACCUGGUGGUUGUUCCACAUAAACUUCUUCUUCAAGAUCUCCAUUCAGAAAAGCACUCUUGACAUCCAUCUGGUAGACCUUGAUGUUGUUGUAAGCAGCAUAGGCUAGAAAUAUUCUGAUGGCUUCCAGUCUGGCAACUGGUGCAAAUGUCUCAUCAAAAUCUAUUCUUUCUUCUUGGCAAUAACCUUUAGCUACCAGCCUUGCUUUGUUCCUUACAAUGUUGCCAUCUUCAUCAGCUUUGUUCUUGAAUACCCAUUUGGUUCCAAUGACAUUCUGGUGCUUUGGCCUAGGAACAAGUUCCCAUACUUUGUUCCUUUCAAAUUGAGUAAGCUCUUCUUGCAUAGCAUUGAUCCAAUCUGAGUCUGCAAGAGCUUCUUCCACAGUCAUGGGUUCCAUCUGAGAUAUAUAGCAGGCAAGCAUUGCUUCUCUCCUUGUUGAUGCUGAUCUGGUCUGCACACCACUUCUGAUAUGCCCAAUAACUUGAUUAGGGGUGGUCUCUUAACCAUGUCAGAUCAGGUUCUGUCAGUUGCUGUCUGGUUCUUUCUUGUUCUUCAUCUUCUGAGUCUUCAUCUUCAUUCAACAGAAGGGGGUUAGGUGCAGGAGUUGGAAAUGCAGGGUUAUCUGUCACCUCUUCUGUUGGGUCUGGUGUUCUGUCUUCUAUGCUGACUUCCUUGAGGAUCUCUGUUACAUCAUUAACAGAGAUGCUUUCAUCAAACUUCACAUGUAUAGACUCUUCAACAUGUAGAGUCCUUCUGUUGAGUACUAUAUAGGCUUUACUGGUGUUUGAAUAGCCUAUAAAGAUACCUUCAUCAGCUUUCUCUUGAAAGACUUUCAGAUGCUCCUUUCCAUUGUUAAGAAUGUAGCACUUGCAUCCAAACACAUGAAAGUAACUGAUGUUGGGUUUUCUUCCUUUCCAGAGUUCAUAAGGGGUCUUCUGGUGAUUCUUGUUGAUCAUGCUUCUGUUCUGAGUAUAGCAUGCAGUGUUGAUUGCUUCAGCCCAAUAUCUCAUAGGUAGACCUGAUUCUGCAAUCAUUGUUCUUGCAGCUUCUUUUAAAGUUCUGUUCCUCCUUUCUGCUACGCCAUUCUGUUGAGGGGUUCUGGCGGCAGAGAGUUGAUGAAAGGUUCCAUUUUGAUCACAGAAGUCCUUUAUGACUUGGUUGACAAAUUCAGUUCCUCUGUCAGACCUGAUUGUCUUAACCUUCAGGUUCUUCUCAGUCUGAAGUUGCUUUAACAGAGAUGGCAACUUCUGAAGAGUUUCAUUUUUCUUUGAUAGAAAGAUAGUCCAUGUAUAUCUGGAAUAGUCAUCAACCAUGACUAGGGUAUAUUUCUUGCCACCAACGCUUGGAGUUUCAACAGGUCCAAAUAAAUCCAUGUGGAUCAGAUUUAAAGGGCUUGUAGAAAGAUCUCCAGCAAUGGGUUUGAAGGAGUUCUUUUGUUGCUUUCCCUUCUGGCAUGCACUGCAGAGGGUCUCUUUCUUGUAGACUAUGUGUGGCAGUCCAUCAACUAUGUGUUCUCUUGCCAGUUUGUUGAUUGUUUUGAAGUUCAAAUGGCUAAGCUUCUUGUGCCAGUCCCAGCUUAGUUUUGAAUCUCCCUUGGCUAUCUGGCAAACUCCAUCCUUUGCAGUGUUCCAAUCAACCACAUAGAUGUUCUUCUUCCUUGAUGCUGUAAGAACCACUUCUUUUGUUGUCUCAUGCUUCACAUAGCAGAAGUCCUUUGUGAAUUCAAUAGUGUAGCCUUUGUCACAGAAUUGGCUAGCACUCAGCAAGUUGAACUUCAGUCCUUUGACAUAUGAGACAUCAUCAAUGACUAUCUGGUUCUUGAUCAGCUUUCCUCUUCCUUUUGUUUGACCUUCUUUGUGAUUACCUCCAAAGGUAACUCUGGGUCCUUUGCAUUUCUGGAACUCAGUUAGGCAACUUCUGUCACCUGUCAUGUGCCUGGAGCAUCCACUAUCAAUAAACCAUUCUUACUCUGAGAUAGCUACAGCACACAGUUCCUGCAAGAUCAAAAGAAAGAUUUCGGUACCCAAGCAAUGUUGGGUCCUGGGGGGUCAUGGAGUCUGGGUAGUUGGUACCAUUUUGGUCUCAUCAGGUGAAACCUUGGUGGGUGGUACCCAUUGUCCACCUGGUAGUUAUAGUAAACUGAAGUGUGAUUCACUUUGGGCAGAUGCUUGUGAGGGUCAUGUUUCCUGUUUACAUACUUUUGCAUAACUUUCUUUGUUGGAAAGAAGUCUCAUAUACUAUCAAGAGCAGAGAGUCGGUUAGCUUUGGGCUUCUGAAGUUGACCAGCCAACCUCUUCUGCCUAAAGUUAACUCUCUCUUGAUAUUUGCCCUUCUGGUGAUCAUUUCUGGCACGAUUGUCAUGAGGUUGUCUGUCAAUGAAUGGUUUCUUAUUUUUGUUAUCUUGAAAACCUUUUCUGUUGUUAGGUUUUCUGUCAUGUUCAUUUUUUUUCAAAAAGGGUUUCUGUUGAACUUUUAUCUUUCUCUUUUCUGGUCUAACUUCCUCAUGAACAACCAUGGUGCCAGAUACACCAGCUUGACAAAUGGGGCUAGAAAUCAGUGGCACUAUGACCUUAUCUGCCUUAGCAACACUGGUGUUAGGCAUUACAGAAGGCUCACCUGAUUCUGUUGAGCCAUAACCAAGACCAAAGCCAGUGCCAAUCUGUUGAUCAAGUACAAUCUUUUCCAUGGAAGACUGGGCCUUCUGGUAAGCUUUGUACUUAAUCUCAAGAGGCUCUAUUUCUCUUAUUCUCUUGAGAAGAGAAACAUUUUCAGUCUCCAGCUGAUCUCUUUCCUUAAUUAGAAGAUUGAUUUUGAUCUCAGCCUCCUUUUUCAAGUCAAGAAUCUCAACCUUCAACUUACUGUUUUCUUCUGUGACCGAGGAAUAAGUGGCUUGGAUGGCCUUAAACUCUUCCCAAAAUUCUGACAUUGAAUCAGAUUCAAAAGCUAAGCCUACUGAAGAAAAACUAGAUGCAGAAGUAGAGGUUACCUCAUCAUCAGAAUGAGCCAUGAGGCAUAGGUCUUCUGUCUCAGUAUCAAGGCCUCAUCAGAAUCUGAGUCAGAACUGGAUUCUGUCUCUGACAGAGGGUCUUUCUCGAGCUGUUCUGUCACAAGUGUUUUUCUCCUUCUGGAGUUGUCUUCAUACUUCUUCUUUUCUCCAUCAUGCCCUUGUUUCUUGGACACUCUUGGAUGUGGACAUUCUGCUUUGAAAUGUCCAGGUUGUCUGCAGUUGUAACAGAGAAGCUCACCACUGCUUUCUGGUUGUUUUGACCUUCUGGAAUGGCUUUCUGCUGAAUGAUGGACUUCUUCCAUCUUUAGGAUUCUUCAUGAACUUCUUGAAUCUCCUAGCAAAAGCAGCCAUAUAUUCGUCAGAUAAAAGUACUGAAGGGUCAAAAUCAUUUACCUUUGAUGUGCUGGCAGUGAGGGCUGUAGUGGUCCUCUCUUCUGGUACAUCUUCCUUUUCUUCAAUCAUUUCAAACUCAUGAGCUUUGAGAUCUGAAAUGAGCUUAUCAGUGGGAUAAGUCUUCACAUCCUUGCUGGCUUGGACAGCAACCACCUUCAUCUUCCAUGCAGAGGGCAGUCCCCUCAACACCUUCAGGUUGAUCUCCUUGAUGGUGAGUUCCAUGCCAAGCUCAGAGAUUUCUCUAGUGAGAGUGAGGAGCCUGUCAUACAUCUUGGAGAUGCUUUCACCAGGGAGAAGUUUGAAGUCAUCAAACUUCUUGUUGGCUAUUGUUAGCUUGUUGUCCUUCUCUUGUUCAUCACCAGCUCCAAUGAGCUCAAGAGUAUCCCAGAUUUCCUUUGCUGUUUUGCACUUCUUUAUUCUGUUGAAGUACCUAUCUUCGAUGGACUUGUAAAGAAUGUCCUUAGCAAUGUUGUCCAGAUUGUACUUCCUUCUUUCUUCUGUUGUCCACUCAGAUUUGGCCUUAUUGAUCAUCUGAGGUCUAGUGUUGUCAAUAGCAUGUUCAGGGUUGACCUUCUGGAAGCUUGUGAAGGGUCCUAUGUCAAGUACUUCCCACAUCUCAUCAUUAAGAGCACAGAGAUGUGCCUUCAUCCGGAUCCUCCAGUCAUCAAACUUAAGAUCUGAAAACAUAAGAUUCUUGGACAAGGAGUGAUCCAUUAUAUCAGAUAAAAAUGAGAUAAAACAGAAAAACAAGUGGAUCUUUGUUCAGCAAAUAACCUAAGAGAUUAUUAGAACAAGGAGGCUCUGAUACCACUUGUUGGUCCCGGUUGUACUGGAUACAGUCUAGAGGGGGGGUGAAUAGACUGUAUCGGUUUUUAACUUUUUCAAGCUAAGUACCAGAUUUAACAGGAUAACCUGUUCUGUUGGCAGAACAGAUUGGCAGCGGAUGGGGUUCUGGUAGGGAGUUCUGUUAAUAGCCUCAGAGAAGCAAAGGCAGUAGGCCUUCUGUUAACUCACAAGACCAGUUCUGCUGAACACAGAUACCAAGUCUUUGGAGUUAAACAGUUCAAAUAAAAACUAUGAAUGAAAAGCAGUAAGUAAAUGACACCAGGGCUUUUAUAGUGGUUCAAGGAACAACUUAUUCCUCUAAUCCACUGUUCCACUAAGCUCGUAAAAACUUUCGUUUACAAUGCCUUAGCACUAUCACUUAAGAAGCUCUCCACGUCUUCUUCAAGUUUAGAUGUCUUCUUGGAUGCACUUCUGGCUUCCCUAAGACUGGUCCUUUCACUGAGCUUUCCCAGAAGUAUCACCACUUCACAGCUCCAGGUACUUGGACGUCCUUCUUGUGAAAGAAGAGGUUCUAUUUAGAACAGGGGUUCCUCCAACUUGCUUCGUUACAAGGGAUUUGUAAGUAAUGAGCUUGAAGAGUUGAAGAACACUUGGAACUUUGCUUGAGUUGGAAAUAAGGAUUUUUCCAACUUCUGCCUUCUCUUGUAGAAGAUGAUGAAGUUUUAAUCUCAAGGAGGCUUUUUGCUUUGUAGCGUUUGAAUUUCUUGUAUAUGCAGAGUUGUAGCAAAGGUUAGCAAAGUUAUCCGGUUGUUCUCCGUAGUGUAUCUUUUAUACUGAGGUUGUCUUCCCGUUGGAGGAGAAGGAGGACAACUGCAUUAAAUGAGCGAGCAGUUAACUUGACCAGUAGGACCCGGUAAAGUUGGCGGGUUACUAUUUUGGGAUAAAGUAAUCCUGACAUUGUGGCCAAUCAUCUGCAAUUACUCUACGGAGUAUGGGGGGGCAUUAAAUGUGCAUUUAAUGCGCGCACUGUAGCUUUUCCGUUCAAGACUCCUAGCCGUUGAAGGAAUCUUUCAGUUGGUUUCCCGGCUUGGUGGAAUUCUUCUAAGUGUCAGGCCUUCUGAUGUCUUUAGCAGAGAGUUGAUCAGAGAAGGUCUGGAGCACUUCUGUUGAGAAGAUAUCCAACAGAGAACCAGGAGGGUUUCUGUCAGAGUAAAGGCUAACAGAGACCCUGAGGGCUUCUGUUCUUAAGCAGAAAACAAAAGGUCCUCUGUUCGACCAAUGCCUUAACAAGGGUCUUCUGCUCUGGAGGCCUUCUGCUAAGUAGGCCUUCUGCUCUGGAGGUCUUCUGCUAGUUGAUUAUACUAAAGAAUUUACAAAGGAAAAUUCUAAUACAUUAAGUCUAAAGAGGGGUACUCUAAAGUCCUAAUCAAUCUAGCAUCAUCAAAAUCUAAUUACAAAUAUUCCUUACAAGACGUUAUAUUUAAUUUUUUUUAACAUAAGUAUUUAUAAGUAUUUGUUGAAGAAAGCAAGAGAAAUCGGGCAAAUACCUUCAGAAUGAGAGCUAAAGCAUAAAACAUUGCGAUAAAGAGGUUUUUGGACCAAGAGGAUGACGUUCUGCCCAUAAUUCGAGUAUAAUUUAUUGUAGAGAACUCUAAAUCACUCGAUACGAAUUUCAUGUGAAUGUUAACUCAAUAAGGUACAAAUGUUAUGAAGACGUCAUGGCCCAAAUAUGAAAGGAUCAAGACUCAAUCAACUAAUAAAGUCAGAUGUUGCUGGUGGGAUUUCAGGAUGCAUACAUCUCAGUGUUUUAUCCAUAUCUUUUGAUUGAAUGAAUAAAAUCACGUCAUUCAAGUUUUGGUGGAUAGAAGAUUUAUUAUCUACAACUUUGGUGAAGGAAGCAUGUCCAAAUUUGUAGAGGAACAUCCCCAAAAUCCAAGGACAAAACCGACGCCAGAAUUGCACCAAACCGGCGUCGGUUGCUUGUAAAAAUUGUGUCGCCGGAAUUACCGAAACACAACCGGCGCCGGUUAAUCCUAAACCGGCGCCAGUUACCCCAAAUCUGCAGAAAACCAGACGACGUGCUAGAAUAUUGUGAGUUGAUUUGAAGAUAUUUGGAAGGUAUGGCUCGGAAAUUUCGUCCCAAGUUGAUUGAGGAUCAUGAAUAGAUCAUCAAAGAUCAUUUUCAAGCCUAUAUAAACCAUCCAAUUCAUCCCAAAUUCAUCAUUCAAUCUCAAUUUAAUUCAUUAGUUCAUAACUAGCUUUUAUAGUUUUUCUUUGUUCUUCAUGGUGUUCUUGAGGUGUGGAAGAUCAUUUCCUUUAUAUUUACAUUUUCUUCUACAUUCAAAGUAUUGUAAUUUUGAUUAAUAUGAGCAUUAGAGGCUAAUUUCUUAGCUAAGGCUAGGGAUGAACUUCUAUGCCCACUAGGUGUUUGAUAAAAGUUCUAAACCAAUAAAUUGUAAUUUAUCCUUUAUAUAUUGAUUGUUUAUGACUAUGGUGUACAACAUAGAAGUAUGUUAAAUUUAGUUUAUACUUGCAAUUAACGUUGAAGUCUAAACUAUGAACAUUAAAGGAUAAACAUAUAUAGUACCGAGAAUAGAAAUAUAUCCGGUCUUAUAUGAUACGGGUGUGAUGUCUUGAUAUUCAACGGGGUUUUCGGUAGAUGAAUGUAAGCCAUAACGGGACUUACACGUUACGAAACCCACGCUCUCACUGCCUUAACCGGAGUUGAGAAUAUAUUAGCGACAUCGUAUUCAUAAUUAUUGGUAAAAAACUAAUAUUCAACCCUAUUAAAGCAUUUAAGUGAUUCCCGAAGCCUUAGUUAUUG